AUGGAUCUCUCAAAUCAUACAACAGUGAGUGAAUUUCUUAUCACAGGAUUUCCCAACCUGGAAAAGAGCAGAUUUCCAAUAUUUACGCUAGUACUAAUUAUGUACACACUAACAGUGAUAGGAAACAUGGUUAUAGUAUUCAUCGCCAGGUAUGAAAAUUCUCUUAACACUCCCAUGUACUUCUUCCUGGGCAAUUUUUCCUUGCUGGAGAUCUGUUUUACCUCCGUCACAGCCCCAACAAUAUUGGUUGAUCUCAUUAGAAAAAAGAAUGUUGUAUCCUUCAAGAACUGCCUUACCCAAAUAUAUUUUUUCCAUGCUCUUGGUGGCAUUGAGUGCCUCCUUUUGGCUGCCAUGGCAUAUGAUAGAUAUGUGGCUGUACGUUCUCCUUUAAGAUACAACACCAUUAUGAAUAGUGUUGUCUAUCAUCAGCUUGCUACUUGGUCUUGGGUCACUGGCUUGGUUCUGCCAUUGAUCCCAACAAUUCUCAUAUCUCAGCUCAACUAUUGUGGGAGCAAUGUAGUGGACCAUUUCUUCUGUGACAUUUUGCCACUGCUGAGGCUGGUUUGCAACAGGACCCAGCUCAACGAGAUGCUGAGUUUCUUCAUCUGCUCCUUUCUCCUUGUUGGGUCAUUCACAAUAACUGUGGCUUCUUAUGCUGCCAUCUUGAUCACUGUUCUGGGAAUUCGUUCUUCCGAUGGGCGGAAAAAGGCCUUCUCCACCUUUGCUUCCCAUUUGACAGUGGUUGGUAUCUAUUAUGGAACAAUGAUGUUCAUUUAUGUCAGGCCCACCCGAAACCUCUCCUUCAAUAUGGACCAGUUGGUGGCUGUCUUCUACUGCCUGGUCACUCCACUCUUGAAUCCCAUCAUAUAUAGCCUCAGGAACAAGGAGGUGAAAGAGGCCCUUAAAAAAGUUCUCUGUAAGAAACAGGAAGGACUGAAUUGA